AUAGAUAUUGGUUCUUAAUUAUUUAAGAUGUAACAUUUUUGGAAUGUAUGCCUUUUAACUUCAGAGUUUCUGAAAACUUCCAUCAUCUGUUUAAUCUGGGAUGGUGUUAUGGUGACAGCGGCUUAUUGGAGAAGCCAAGACUUCCCUCUUCCCAGCCACUUGGGCCAGCUCUUCUGGGUUUAUGGACAAGAAACUUUCCUUGAAGCUGAACGGAGGGAGGCAUGUGCAGGGCAUCCUACGAGGAUUCGACCCCUUCAUGAACCUGGUGAUGGACGACUGUCUGGAGAUGGGUCCGGGUGGACAGCAGAACACCAUCGGCAUGGUGGUUAUCAGAGGAAACAGCAUCAUCAUGUUGGAGGCUUUAGAGAGAGUAUGAGAAGAGAGGAGGAUGGUGGAAAGAAUGAGCUACAGUUUUUAUCUUUUGUUCUUUUUUACGUUUUUGUUCUACGGGCUCAGCAGUUGAGUGAUGGCGAAUUUCUCUUCAUUUUGAUGUUUUGUGGUUUAAUGGGAAUAAAUUAAAUUUUCCUUAUUUGU